AUGGACGACGAGGAUUACUCGUGGGUGCGGCGGACGAGGUUCUCCCACUCCGUCGUCCGCUCCAACUCCGGCAGGGAGCAGUUCGGCGCCUUCGUCGAGCAGUUCAACCGCGGCGCCGCGCUCAGGCAGAACAAGGGCUCCGACUCAGGGUUCAAGCCCCACGGCAUGAACUUCGAGCCCAGGACCAAGGCCUCCGCCACCACCAACCCGGCCUCCAUUCCGAGGACAAGGUCGCUGAGUGCCCAGCCCAAGACGGACAUCAACCAUGCCUUCUCCAACGCCAUAUCGGUGCAUCAUCACGAGAAGCCUGCCGAUCAUGGUCACCCGCCGCAGUCAGCACCGACCAACAACUCUACCAACGGAACGAGGGGCCGCAACAACCUCUUCGUCGACGUCUGCUCCGAGCCCGAGGUUCAGGACCCGAGCAAGGGCGACAGCCCUGGGCCUCUCGAGUUCUCCUUCCACCCUGACGAGCAGAGCAUGAGGCUGCAAAGGGUGUGCUCCAGCCCGUCUCCUUUCCCGGCCAAGAAAGCGCCGGUCUUGGACGCGCCGCGGCCGCCGUUGCGCAGUUCGUCGCUCAGGGUCCUCCCAGAGGGGCGCACGACGCGGAUGCUGAGGGCGAGGUCCCCUCUCCCAAGCCGUCCCGUGCCCGAAGUGUUCAAGGAGGCCAAAUCAGCCAGCAAGAGGUUCUCCACGCCGCCGCCGCGCCGGAAAUCAUCGUCUCCGCCACGCGCGCCGCCGGUGGACGCGCCACUCAAGGCGCCGGCCAAGGUGAAGCACCACAGGAAGGAGCACUGGGACAACCAAAGGGCCAAGGCGGCCGCAGAGAAGGUGCUCCAAAACUGGACGGUGGAUCGCAAGCAGCUCCUCGUCGGGCAGAAGUUCGCCUAUGGGGCGCACAGCCGUCUGUUCCAUGGAAUCUACAAGGAGGUGCCCGUUGCUGUCAAGUUCAUCAGGCAGCCUGACGUUGAGGAAGACGCGGAACUGGCGUCUCAGCUCGAGAAGCAGUUCAACACGGAGGUUGUCACAUUGUCCCGCCUCCAGCAUCGCAACGUCAUUAAGCUGGUUGGAGGAUGCACCAGUCCGCCAGUCUUCUGCGUCAUCACCGAGUUCCUUUCUGGUGGUUCGUUGAGAUCAUUCUUGCACAAGCAAGAGCACAAAUCUCUGCCUUUGGACAAGAUCAUUUCAGUUGGCUUGGAUAUCGCACACGGCAUGGGGUACGUCCACUCGCAAGGAAUCGUCCACCGUGACGUGAAACCGGAGAACAUCAUAUUCGACGGGGAUUGCUGCGCCAAGAUUGUUGAUUUUGGAAUAGCCUGCGAAGAAGCAUACUGUGACCCUCUGGCGAACGAUCCCGGGACCUUCAGAUGGAUGGCUCCAGAGAUGAUGAAGCACAAACCCUAUGGUCGAAAGGUUGAUGUUUACAGCUUCGGCCUUAUCUUGUGGGAAAUGCUUACCGGCUCCGUGCCUUAUGAAGAUUUGACUCCGUUCCAAGCAGCCUUUGCUGUUUUUGACAAGAAUGUGAGGCCGGCCAUUCCUGCUACCUGCCCAGCUGCAUUACGGGUUCUGAUCGAGCAGUGUUGGGCCUUGCAAGCAGAUAAAAGGCCUGAAUUCUGGCAAAUAGUUCAAUUACUGGACAAGUUCAAGAUGGUUCUUGAAAGAGAUGGAACACUUGACAAUAUGCCAAGCUCAAACUGCCAGGAGAGUCAUGAUCCCAAGAAAUGGCUAGCCCACUGGCUCCACAAGCUCAAGCAUCCCCAUCAUCAUCAUGAUCUCUCUGGACCUCCACCACCAAAACUUCUGUAA